AUGGAUACUCAUGUCCAAUGCACAGAAUCAUCUUUCACCGAUAUAAAAUCAAAAAGAAACUAUUUUGGUCAACAGAUUUUGAAAAGUUGGAAUAAGAAUCAUCUAUAUGAUGUUUUACAUACUUGGACGUUUGAUCUGUUUACAUGUUUCGAAGUCCCAAGCGUUUGUGAUGUUGGACGGCUUGAGAGUACUCCUAAUUUUACUUCCGAAUAUCUGGAGUCGGAAGAAGUUUACGCAGGACUACCUACUGUUUUCAACUCUAAAUGCAUCAAAAAACAGCUUGAAAGCUGUCUGAAGGCAUUGGAAGAUACUCCAAAACAUCCUGACCAGUCGGUCCGUCAACUGUUAACGCGAGUCGAACUACUUGGAAUUCUUGCUUCCUGUCAGAAUCUUUUCGAAUUGGAAUCGUCAGUAUGGAAAGUAAUGUUUACAAUCAGCGACAACUCAGGAAGGUUUUUGGAUGCUUCUUAUGCUUUGACAAACUACUGUCUUUCAAAAAUUUUUGCAUAUGAACAAAAUACUUCGGUUUAUGAUACCCUGAAUUCAAUUCGUACCGAGGUUCUUACAGUUCUUAACAACAGUAAUGAAAUUUUUGAGUCCACACAUGAAGCUUGUUUGACAGGCCGACUCCCUACUCCACAUGCACAUUUCCAGUCGAUGGUUGUAUCCCUUGGAAGAGCCUAUAUCGAACACUAUUUCAACUGGCCUGCUUUUUCUGCAAACCUGGAUCUUAUUCGACUGCAGUAUAAAGAGUUCUUUGAGGGAAAGUCAUGGGCUGUUGUCUGUGCUCGUGGUUACUUCUACUGGCUGCAUCUUCAUGCUCGCUGCAUAUUUGGUGCUAACUUUGAGUUGGUCAAUACACCUCUUCAGUCAGGCACUCACGAUACGUUCCCUCCACCGCCCGUAUCUCCUCUGCAUGCUGCAGUUAUUGUUCGUAUGCAUGGUCAAACACUAGUGAAAUUUAUGCGUUUGUGUUGUGAGCAGAAAUUACAAAAUCGUUCCUGUACAAAACAGCAAGUUAAGGUCGGGAUCGGGAAAGAAAAUAAAGAUCCGUCUGUUGGUCCCAAAAAUUUGAAAAAGUUUGUUGAACCAAAGCCAGUACCUUCAGAACUCAAAGUAUCUACCGCUGCUUGGUCUUCUGUUUCAUUAACAGAUAAUGAAUUACUUAAUCUAUGGUUGGGAACGCGACUACUUUUAUACGGUUGCCAUCAAACGGCUGAGUUAUAUACGCUUCUAGGUACUGUAAGAGAAGCACGUGUGUAUCAAAAUGAGUUAUUAUGCGUUGGUCAACGUUUUCACUUAUGCAGUUAUACACAAAUUGCUCUGAACUUAAUGGCACAUCUAGAUAUGUUUGCUCAGCGUCAAUGGGCUUUUGAAUUACGUCUGCGACAGCUAAAUCACAUUGCAACAUGUCAAGUGUCUCUUGAGGAACUAGUCACUAAAAGAACUAAGCAAAAUUCAAAAGUAAAUAUGAAUUCAAAAGCUACCACGGAAAUUGAUGAGUCUGCUUUUAUUCAUUCUAAAACAUUUCCCAAUCGAUCCCUCUACAAUGGUCUUGGUGACAAUCAGUUGGUGAGAGAUACGACGGUAGUAAAUUCUUUGUCAAACGAUUCAUUUUCCGACGGUUCUAAUCCUCUUUUGUCCAGCUACAACAGACCAUUCAGUUCAAUUUUUUCUAGUAGUCCAACACGACGUACAUAUUUUAAUAACAAAAGUGAAGCGGUUGAUACCUAUCCAAGUGCUACCCAAAUUGCUUCCGCAAUUGCUGGACAACGACUUACCUCAGAAUGGAAUGAGUGGUACAGUAAAGGAUUCUAUAUACCUCACACUGUCGAUUUUGCCUUUGAGUCUGUAAGCAAGUCCUUCCUGAGUGUUGGUGGAUUACCUCUAGGAACCUGUGUUUGUUUAAUCCUUAAUGGGGUUUCCUGGCCUUGGUUGUUUAACUUGACUCAGGUAGUUCGGAAUGAACUGUUACCAUCCCCUCAUUUCUUACCUGCUUUGUACACUGUUCCAUCGGUGCGUGUCAAAGCAGCUGUAAAAACUCGUAAUCAUGGAGAGCCUAAUAAAAAUAAAGAUCUCAUAGAAGCUUUUUCAUUGCUCAGUAUCACUCCUACAGAAAAUUCAUCAGAAACGUGGAAUAAUAAGAUUGAAAAAUCAUCGUCACCUCAACUUCAGUCAAAGAAAGAUUUUCAUACUGGCAAACAGUUACCACCUCCUGUACCUAAACCAAAUGCUCCCCGUCGUCCAGCAGAUAACCGAAACAAAACUAUUUUAAAUAUUUCACCACACAACAGAAGUCGCUGUCAAUCGUCCCAUUAUCAACAGGUUGGUAAAGUCACUGAAAUUAGUGAGGUAACUAUAGAAUCCACAAUACAAACUAGACGCUGUGAUAAUCCGUUAACGAAUAAAGAUAUUGUUUUAGAUGAUCAUGAAGCAGAUAAUGAAAUAUUGAUACCAUUGCUUGGUUAUACCUUUCGAAAACCAGCUAAUUCUCAACCUCUGGAAAUAUAUUGUGACCACUUAUCCAAAAAUAAAAAUGUUUCGAGGAAAAAAGAAAACAAAAAUAUAAGCUCGGGCAAAGGCCAUACCAUAGUUCUAGACCCAGUGGAAUCAUGUUCUUCUUUAAUUGAUGCGCCUUUGCGUCCACGUAGCGUCAGGUUAGCGUCCAAGUGGGCUGCUAAUCAAAUCAAGACAAAAUUGGUCAAUACAUUAUGUGAAGAAAAUCCUCUGUUAUCGGAGAAUACAGAUCAGAUGAGUCAGGUUUCUAAUAAUAUGGCUACACGUUUGUAUGGCGCUUAUCAGCAACUAUCUAGCUUUCCAGUCCCAAAUCUAUUACGUCCUAUAUGCCAAUGGCUGGGUAUUUAUUGGUUAGGAAAAGGUGAUCAACUACAAGCGGGAAGAUUUUUAUCUCAAGCUAUCGGUAUUGGACCCACAACCUUGUACUUAUCUAUCCUAAGCUCUCGGAUAAUUCAUUUGAAGUCAUCUGAUUCUCAAGAUUCUGUUUCUGAUCGCAACAAAAAAUGUAACUGGUUCCCUAUUUUGAAUCGAGUGAUGACUAUUUGUGCUCCUAAUAAUUUUCUAAUGGAAAAUGUAAUUCAGAUGCCUACUUGUGACGAUAAUAGUUCACUUACAGUUCGGGUUAUUCAACUCUGUCUUGUUGAUGAACUCAGUUGCAAGUCUAAUUUAAUUGAUAAAAGUGAUGGUAUUUACCAUCACACUAUUUCUCCAUAUGGACUCGGUGCUCGUUCCGGAGGUUACUUACUAGUAUCGCGUUAUAUAGGUAUUUCUGGUCAAUCUUUAAGAACAUUUGAAGUGGAGACACGUGUUAUGCAUGGAUUCACUCAUUCUGGUUUUAAAUAUAUGGAUAGUUUUGAUGAAAUUCAAACGGAGAGUCUUGAUUCGAUGGCUAUUGAAGAUCGUGCUAAUUACUGGCGUAUACGUUAUAACUUGGAUGAACGACUAGAAAAUUUACUUACUGAAAUACGUCGUGAAUGGUUUACUAAAGAUGAUCUAGAUUGGUUAUUCAGUCGAGAGAAAUAUUGUCUCAUUAUUCCGGAUCGACGACUAGUUUAUUUACCUUGGGAAUGGAUACUAUGGGAUCGUAAUCCAACUUCAUGUACUCCAACAAUGACUCGUAGCUUCAGCUUACCUUUAGUUGUUGGUCACUUGGCAACCCAGUAUAUGCCUUGUCAGAAUAUUGAGGCUAACAUUUCUCCCAAUGCUGAACAUAUGAAAUUAUGUUCUUUUAAUCCUGAGCGUGCAUUUUAUAUCCUUAACCCAGAAUCCAACCUACCCUCUACUCAACAAACCUUUGAACCGAUAUUCCACAACCUAUCCAGUUGGACAGGUGUCAUUGGAAGAAUUCCAACUUUAGAGGAGGUGAACAAUGGUUUCACAAAUCAUGAUCUUCUAAUAUUUUUGGGUCAUGGGAAUGGUUCGCAAUUUCUACUACACACUUUCAAUCAAGGUCUCAAUGCACGCUCCGUUACCUUGAUUCUUGGCUGUAGUUCCGGUAAACCUCGUAGUGCUGGACGACAUGAACCUUAUACUUCACUAUUUAAUCAUCUUAUUGCUGGAUGUCCCUUUGUUUGCGGAUUGUUAUGGGAUGUUACUGAUCGGGACGUUGAUAGAUUUACUUUACAAUUCCUGACUAAUUGGCUGGGAAAAGAUGGUUCUGAUGACGGACGUGAUGCAAAACCACAUGGAACUUUAGGACAGUCUAUUUUUAACGCAACUUCGGCUUGUAAACUGAAGCAUCUUGUUGGAAAAUCAGUCAUUGUUUAUGGGAUCCCCUCUGAACCUGAAAGAAGAUCACUUCUGAAAUUUCCAUCCUCACUUGUUAAAAAAUGA